UGUUUUAGUGAAAAAGAAUGCCGGACGAAGAGACAGCAACCCCGACAGCGUCGGCGCCGGCAACACCGGGAACGCCGGGCGGACCGCUUUUCACUUCGAUGAGGGUGGACUCACUGUCUUACGAUCGGAAGUCAAUGCCGCGAUGCAAAUGUUUCCCGGUGACAGCCCCAACGUGGGGUCAACCUCACACAUGCUUCACCGACUUCCCUGCACCUGAUGUCUCUCUUACCCGAAAGCUGGGUGCAGAAUUUGUGGGAACCUUUAUCCUUAUAUUUGCGGCAACGGCUGGACCUAUAGUGAACCAAAAGUAUGGCGGAGUCGAGUCGCUGAUCGGAAACGCCGCAUGCGCUGGGCUGGCGGUGAUGAUAAUAAUUCUGUCAACUGGACACAUCUCUGGAGCUCAUCUAAACCCUUCCCUCACCAUUGCAUUUGCUGCCUGUCGUCAUUUCCCCUGGACUCAGGUUCCCGCCUACAUAGCAGCUCAGGUCUCCGCCUCUAUCUGUGCUUCGUUCGCUCUCAAGGGAGUCUUUCAUCCCUUCAUGUCUGGCGGAGUCACCGUCCCCUCCGUCAGCUACGGACAGGCCUUUGCUCUCGAGUUUCUCAUUACAUUUAAUCUUCUCUUCGUCGUCACGGCCGUUGCCACUGACACCCGAGCCGUCGGAGAGUUGGCAGGAAUAGCUGUUGGGGCGACUGUAAUGCUCAACAUCCUUGUGGCUGGGCCAAGUAGUGGGGGUUCAAUGAAUCCAGUGAGGACAUUGGGGCCAGCGGUGGCAGCUGGGAAUUACAAGGCAUUAUGGAUAUACUUGAUAGCACCCACACUCGGCGCCUUAAUCGGUUCCGCCACUUACACUCUGGUGAAGCUCCGCGAUGAUGAGUCCCAACAAACGCGCCAAGUCAGGAGCUUUCGACGCUAGCCAACCCCAAUCAUAUCAGCCUUGAAGCUUCUUUUCAUACUUCACCAUUUCUUCUUUCUUCUAGUGUCCUGUCUCUGUAAAAUGAAAAACACAUAUAUAAUGAUUGUGUGGGGUAAUGGAUAAGAUGGGUUUUGGGAAUAAUAAGCAAUGUGACCAUAAGUCCACGACCUACAGUACCUUGGUUGAAUUAUGUUGCGCUUUGCUUUGUAUUUUCCUUCUUUUGGGUUUUUGCUUUUGUCUAUUUUAACGAUGCACCACUCAGGGGUUGAUUUGUAAUUUUCUUAGCCAUGCUUGUCAAUAGAGAAGUUCAUCAUGUGUGAAA